AUGCAAGGCCCCAGGCGGCGGCGGCGGCGGCCCGGGGGCUUUAACCAGGAGAGAUCUGCAGGCAGCUCCACCAUGUCAGAUAGCGACCCCGGGGAGGACGACGGUACCACAUCUCUGGAACCAUCUCAGUUGAACAAGAAAAGAAGGGGCAACCUGCCCAAGGAGUCUGUAAAGAUCCUCCGGGACUGGCUGUAUGAGCACCGCUUCAAUGCCUACCCCUCCGAGCAGGAGAAGCUCAGCCUCUCGGGGCAGACCAGCCUCUCCGUGCUGCAGAUCUGCAAUUGGUUCAUCAAUGCCCGGCGGCGGCUGCUCCCCGACAUGCUGCGCAAGGACGGGAAGGACCCCAACCAGUUCACCAUCUCUCGCCGAGGCGGCAAGGCUGGUGACGUGGCCCUGCCGCGGGGGGCUGCUGCUGGCUCUGGGGUGCUGGUGGUUCCUCCCAUGACAGCGGCGGGGGCCACCAAGGUGCUGCCAAUGUCUGUGUGCCCACAGGUACUGUGCCACCCCGCCCAGGCGCUGGGCAGCAACCUGACGGUGGCGGGUGCCCGCAGCCCCGAGCGGGAGAAGCAGCCAGGCCUGCAGCAAGUGGAGCCAGACCCUCACCCCAAGGCGCCGCUGGGUGCCGCCGGCAGCACCAUGGCCCUGCUGGCACGGGCUGAGGCCGCCAGCCCCACCAGCGGACUGUUCAACACGCCGCCCCCCACGCCCCCUGAGCUCUUCGGCGACGACUUCAGCAGCUUUCAGCUGCUGGUGGAGGUGGCGCUGCAGAAGGCGGCUGAGCUGGAGUCGCAGCGCCAGGGCGGGCAGCUGCCCCUCUCGCCCCAGCCUGAGCCCCCAGGGGCCUCUGUCGCCAAAUAGCCCCCAGGCCAGGUCCCACGGGGUGCCCUUCCUCGGGGGUGCCCAGCCUCCAGCCUCGUGCCACCCACAGGGUCCCUUCUCUCUAGCCCGCAGGAUCCCAUGUCUGCCUGCGCCCCCAAACAGCUCAUCUCAGAAGUGGACUCGUGCGUCCCAAGGGGCUCCGGUACCUCCGCUGGCCACGGGGGAGAGGAGAGGAAGGGCUGUCCCAUCCUGUCCUGGGGAAAUGCUCACCAUCCUUCAGAGCCCUCGCUGUCUGCACCCCUGGUAGGGACAGGACCCUGGGCAGGCAGGAGGACGUGGCUGCCGCAGCCUGGCCAGUGCGGAAAGACCUCUGCAGCUGAGCGACCUCUCCUUGCCACGACCGGCAGUCACUGCGAGGCCACGGAGCUCCCUCGGAAAACCUGCUGACUUCUUUUUCUCUUUCCUGUAAACAAGGGUCCAGCCAACACCACUUCUUCAGGGGGAGAGAGAAUUCUUUCUCUUUCCUUUUUUUUUUUUUUUUUUAAAUUGUGUCUGUUUUAAGGACCACGGAUGAAAAGCUUUUUCUCCCAAAUCUCUCUGAUUUCCUUUUUUUCUACCUUUCUCCUGUUGUUAUGGAGGGCCUUUCUGGUACCUUGUGCUGGCCAGGAGCCGUGCCUUGCCUGGGGAGGCGCAAAGGACAGAUGAACUGGAAACCUGAAGUCUGUGGCAUUUUCUUGCACAGAAAACAUGGGAGUCUCCUCUUCUGCCUUAGGGUGUUACAGAUGCUGCCAGUAGAAAUCUCCAUGGUGCUGUUUAGCAGUUUUUUGUUGAAACAUUUUCCCUCUAAUUGUGAUUUAUUCUAUGUUUUGUUUUGUUUUUUUAUUUCUUCUACAAACAUUUCCGCGACUUCCCUGUAUUUCUCUCACGUUCCUGCUGAAGAUGUGCACGUUGUCUCCUGGAACAGAGAGUGCAUUGCAGAGCCUGAGAAACGCCGACCGCAGGCUGCUGCUGGGGGUGGACGCAAAGCCGAGACUGUGAAAUUUUUGUAUCCAACGUUUUUAUUUUUAAAAAAAUAUUUGGAAAGCAGCAUGUUGUGGGCAUGGGCUGCCUGUGUGUCCCUCUGCAAGCGCAGCACCCGCAGCCUGCGGACCGCAGCCCCGGGAAUGCGGAGUUGUCUCAUCAGCCACCCGCGAUGAGCCGCAUGGAAGCCCGGGGGGGGUAGGGGGGGGGUGGAGUCCCGUUGCUCCCUGCUCCCCGCUCCCCUCCCUUGUGCUCGGGAGAGCGUGGUGGGGCCGGUGCUGUGGUGCUGGUGACCUCUAGUGACAGCCAGCAUCUGCGGGGAGCAGGAGCCUGGGCACUGCAGAGGUCCUGGGACUAUUGUUUCACUGUAAAUUUAAGUUAAAUAGUGAUACGUACACACAUAUGUAAUCUAUCCUGAGAAACACUAAUCCUAGGUUAUUAGCCUGAUUGUUAAGUUGCAUGAAUAGAGAUAAUAACGUCCACAGGAUCUGGUGCUCUGCAGCAGCUGGAGCCAGCAGUGCCAGAAGAAGGCAGUGAUUUUGGGGUCUGUUUUUUCCCCUUUUCUUGUUCAGAGGAGAGGAGGGGGUGUUAGCAAGUGCUCCAGGGGCUGGGGAAGGUUUACCAGUGGUGCCUCACUUUGCCGAGUGCUCCCGUGCAGCGCAGGGAUGGCUCCAAUGCUGGUGGUUCCCAGCUGGGCAGGGGCACCAGCACAGUGCUGCUGGAGCUGAUGCUCACCGUGCGGUUACGAGCAUUGCCUUUCUCAGCUCCCCCUGCUCCAAUUUAUGUCCAGCCUUUGCCCUCUGCCUCCUUUCUGGAGAACGUCCUUUAUUUUAGGACUGCCUCCCUUAUUUCUAGGUAGCCCUUCCCUACAGUGCCCUCUCCCUCGCAGGGGAGGGAGAGGCUUUUCAUUCACCUCCCCUUAUUUUUGCCUCAGUCAAACCAAAGCGGGGAUGGGUAGUGCUGCUGCACUGGGGGCAGGAGCACUACCGCUAUCCCCGUGGGAUGAAUUGGUGUCGCUGCCCUGGGGAUGGACUGGGGGGUGAUUUUUUGAAUGAAACUUUGGAGCAAAAAACUACUGUAAAUAUAUUUUUCUUUGUUCUUCUGUUGUCAAAUAAAAGGUUUUUUGGUUUUGUUCUUUUUUUAAAAUACGA